AUGGCAACUGCACCGAGACAAAGGCAGGGGAGGGGGCGGGGUGGUGCCGCUGGCGGUCGUGGCAAACAGACUCUAGACGAGGAGUCGAUGGAAGAGAUCAAGGAAGCCUUCAGCCUGUUCGACACGGAGGGCAAAGGUGCCAUCGACAUUCGCGAGCUUAAGGCAGCGUUCAGAGCACUCGGCUUCCAGGUGAAGAAACAAGAGAUCCGGGGGAUGUUGACGGAUGUGGACAAGGAGGGCGCGGCGAGCGUUUCCUUCAACGACUUCGUGGAGAUGGUCACUCCCAAGGUCUUGGCCAGGGAUCCUAAGGACGAGAUCAUGAAGAUAUUUGCAUUGUUCGACGAAGACGGGACGGGGGGAAUCUCGUUCAGGAAUCUGAAACGAGUUGCGACAGAGCUGGGGGAGAACCUAACCGAUGACGAACUGCAGGAGAUGAUCGACGAGGCGGACAGAGACCAGGACGGAGUGGUGAACGCGGACGAGUUCUACCGGGUCAUGCGCAAGCGAGAGGAUCCCCUGGACGACCUAGACAGCGACGACGAGUACUGA